AAUAAAGGAAAGGACUAGCCUACCUGUGUCGUGCAUGGACCAACCUCUGAAUUCACCGUGUUGCGUGGCGCUGAAUCGGAAUAUCAGCGGUCUACCUGACAAACUCCCGUUACUUUAAGUCGAGGAUAGAACGUAACCUUCAAGUACGGGAACACCUGAACAAGCGACCUCACCUGUAGCGACGUCAUUGCUGUUUUUGUGGAGUGUGUGGGCUUGGGGAGAAAAAGAACGGAGAAGAGAGAAGAGAAGAAAAACGGAUAGAAGACAAACUGCGGAGCUACAAAGUUUGUUGUAGAGGUGGAGAACAGAAAGGAGGGAGGACUGCGCGACGAAAGAGAAGGGAACGAUCCUUCCCCGGUUUAUUAUUUUUUUCUUUCACGAGGGGAAGGUAUAUUUUUGAAGUCGUUUUUUUCACCAGUUUACCUGGAGCGUAUUGAUUCUACAGAAAGUUGACCGAAGAGGACAGUUUAACCGUAAAACCAACCCGACCAUGCCGCGAGCCUUCCUGGUAAAGAAGGCGAGAUACUCGCCCUAUAAGCGGAACUGGAGCGAGCUGCCAGACGACGAGCGCGGGGACGUGUAUAUACCAGUGUCUGUCUUCCCCGUGCCCUUAUUGGAGGAAACUGAAGCCAGUCUAGCAGAGACCGGCCCCUGUCUCGCCACAACGACGCACUACGAAUACACCAAAUACACACAGUCACAUUCAGUGCGCAGCGUGAUGACCCCUAUAGCGGAGAUGCCCUCGUGCACGGUGCUGGGUCAACCCCAGAGCCCUGGUCGGGAGUUAGAGAUCACAGGGUUACAGGUCACAGGGUUAGAGGUGAAGAGGAGAGCACAGAGCAGCACCUAUGUCCGCUCCAAAAUCAAGGUGACUACAGGUGAGCUACCCAGUGAGAUUCCAAUACCUCCCCAGCCUUCCGUCCCCAAAAUCACCACCACACCUGUUUCCUUGACGACGUCCCCUACUGCCCUGGUCUCCACAGUAACGAAGUCAGGGACAGGUGCUCAAGCGCCGUUCGUGUGCAAGAUGUGCCAGAAGGUGUUCCAGUACCAGAGGAUGUUGAACCGGCACCUGAAGUGUCACAGUGAUACUAAGAGACACCUAUGUAACCACUGUGGUAAAGGAUUUAACGACACCUUCGACCUGAAGAGACACGUCAGAACACACACAGGAGUGCGUCCCUACAAGUGUUCUCUCUGUGACAAGGCCUUCACCCAGCGCUGCUCUCUAGAGUCUCACAUGAAGAAGAUCCACGGUGUGACCCUGCAGUACGCCUAUAAGGAGAGACGCAACAAGCUCUAUGUCUGUGAGGAGUGUGGCCACACCGCCCCUUCCCAGGAUACACUGCUCAAACACUACCACGCCCUUCACCCCAACUCCGCCUUCCUGAGGGGGAAGGGGCUGAAAGGGGGGAAAGGGGCAGGGGGGGAGUCGAUGCCUGGGUCGCCGCUUUCGAAUGAUCAGGAUAGUGAUGAUACUACAGGGUCGGGGGUGCAGUAGAAAGAAGGGACUGAAGGAGAGAGGGAUAAGGGAUACGGGAUACGUCCAUUAUAAAUAUGAAACAACGUGUGAGAUUAGGAUUGAGAUUAUGCCCAGUUUGAGAUUAUUCAGGGUUUUACAUGGAACUCUCCUCCCGAUGUAGAUUAUCUGUAAAAAGAAAAAACACAACACUAUAUAUUCAGUAAAGGGAUUAAUAUAUUUAAAUAUGUACUUUGCUAUGAAUUUAUACUGUGUGUUUUAAUGCUAUUAUGCAUUUGAUUGAUGAAAAUAACCAAUGUUUGUUUUGGGUUUACACUACUGAAAGUUCCAAAUGGUGGGCUAUAGGAAAUCUUUUGCACAACUACUGUACACUAUACUCUAUAUGAUUGUUGUAUCUACUGCAAUACCAAGGUUGGGCCCAAUUCCUUUUCAAUUCCAGUCAAUUCAGGAAUACACUGAAAUUCCAAUUCUCUUCAAUGCUUUUGAUUGGAAUUAGUUUUACAUUCUGAAAUGAAAUGGAAUUGAUCCCAACCCUGUCUUAUACAACUGUAGCGACUGUUGAAAGACAGAGAUUGUGAAACAAAGUGCCAGUCAUGUUUACAUUCAUAUCCAAUAGGACUUGGAAGGGAUCCAACUUCUGCAGAAGAGAUUACUACUUGCAUACUGGAAAAGCACAGUGAGAUUAUUCUAGCCUGGUCCCAGAUCUGUUUGUGCUGUAUAGCCAUCUCCACUCCGCUAUAGCCUGGUCCCAGAUCUGUUUGUGCUGUGUAGCCAUCUCCUCUCCGCUAUAGCCUGGUCCCAGAUCUGUUUGUGCUGUGUAACCAUCUCCACUCCUCUAUAGCCUGGUCCCAGAUCUGUUUGUGCUGUAUAGCCAUCUCCACUCCGCUAUAGCCUGGUCCCAGAUCUGUUUGUGCUGUAUAGCCAUCUCCACUCCGCUAUAGCCUGGUCCCAGAUCUGUUUGUGCUGUGUAGCCAUCUCCACUCCGCUAUAGCCUGGUCCCAGAUCGGUUUGUGCUGUAUAGCCAUCUCCACUCCGCUAUAGCCUGGUCCCAGAUCUGUUUGUGCUGUAUAGCCAUCUCCACUCCGCUAUAGCCUGGUCCCAGAUCUGUUUGUGCUGUAUAGCCAUCUCCACUCCGCUAUAGCCUGGUCCCAGAUGUGUUUGUGCUGUACAACCAUGGUGUUUGACAAGACUAUAUCCAUACAAUUGGCAAGACAAUACACAGAUCUGGUACCAGGCUAAGAUUGUAUAGGAUUUACAUACUGAUUCUCAGGUUAGAAUACACUCCACUAUAUAACGCUGUUGGUUUUGAUAUGUUUUCUAUAAGUGGUCUUUGUUGUGGGUUAAUGUAUAGAAACGCUAUUAUCCUUUCAUAUCAAUGUGUUUAGAAUUUGUUCUGGUGUUUUCAUAUUUUUUAUUUUUACAAGUGGCUUUGUUGUUUUUGCGUGUGAUUCGGCACUCGAUUCUUGGCCAGUGUAUGUGUGUAUACUGUAUAAGUGCCUGACUACUCAUAAGGGAAAGACAACCAGAAGGCUAUCUAUGCAUGGUACAGAAUUAUAUUAUAUUUUCUAUAACUGUACAAUAUAGUAUAUACACUGAAAAUAUAUAAAGAGGUUUUUCUAUUUAUGAACAGGUGUUUGAAUGACUACUAUAUUAAUGGGUUUUUGUUUUCUGUGAAUAUUAUUUUUAUUUUUACGAUCAUUCUAAUGUGACUUGUAUCAAAUUGUAUUUUAUUAUAUGUAUCAGAACUCGGAAACUCUGAAAUUUCCAACUUGGAAACUCGUAGAAAAAUGAGGUCCAAUUUUUGGUUCCACUAGGAAAGUAUCAUAAUCAACCAAUUGGAAGCUCUACGUAAAAAAAAUGCGUAUGCAAAUUUGAACUCUGAGGUUAUGAUUUUCCAAGUUGUCUUGAAUGCGGCAUUUCAAAGAGUUUCUUCCCAUGUUGCCAACUUGUUGAAGGUCUCGUUUUGCAAGAUUGUUUUCCUGGUGUGUUUGAUGGGUGUGGUGGAUUGUGGAUGCUGCUGUAUGUUCAGUGACUCUUACUUUGACAAUCAUGGCGAGGUUGGUUGUUGCUCAAUAUUAAAUCUGUUUCCUGGAAAGUA